UAGAAAUUUUACUUGGUUUGACAACAGUUUUUCAUUGAAUUUCAAACCCUCUCACGUCUCUUCUCUACCAUCCCCUAGUUUAUAAGUCUUCUUAGUCUUUCUCUGUUCUCACUACUUACCCUAUAUUUCAUUCCUCUUUACUCUCCAACCACUCCCAUUUUCUGUUCGGAUUUGGGGAAAAACCAUGGCCUACUUCAGUUAGUGCAUUAAGCAUAUACUAAAGAUUUUGCAGGGAAAGUGUGAUAAGACUCGAUUCAUGUGAGAAAUUCCAAGAUAUAAGAUAACCCUUUUGUUAGCAGAAUCUGAUAUGGAUUUUGUUAGCCAAAGACACCUACUUCAUUUACCAAUACAAGCUGAUUCACCUUGCACAGUUCCUCCAAAUCAUGAUAUUCCUCAUCCUUCUGGUUCAAAUCUUCCCCUCUUAGCAAUCCUUGUGCUAGGAAUGAUGUUCACAACUUUCUUCCUUAUAGGCUACUACAUGUUAGUUGUCAAGUGCUGCUUCAGUUGGCCCCAUGUUAAUCACACAAGACUAUUUUCUCUGUCCAGACAAGGUGAAGAUCCAUCUGCUGGAUCCGAGCCAAGAGGGCUAGAGGAAGCAGUUAUCAGGUUAAUCCCUGUGAUUCAUUACAAGCCAGAAAAAGGGGAUACAAACUUUGGUGAAAGAAGCAACCUUGAUGAUUGUGCAGUUUGCUUGAGUGAGUUUCAACAAGAUGAGAAGCUGAGGGUUAUACCAAACUGUAGCCAUGUCUUUCACAUUGAUUGCAUAGAUGUUUGGCUUCAGAACAACACUCAUUGCCCUCUCUGCAGAAGAAUUGUGUCCUUGACAAGUCAGGUCCAUGUUGACCAACCAAACCUUCUCGUUCCAAGGCCUUCAUCUCAAGACCAAAGCCAAAACAUUGAAAACAAUGUCAGUGAUGAAGGUUUUGUUGUGAUUGAUUUGGAUGGUGAACUCGAUAGAGACCGAAACCUGGAAGGAAGACAAGAUUUACCUACCAUUGCUGUUUCUUCACAGAAGAAUGCAAAGAAGCUUCAUAAAGUGAUCAGCUUGGGAGAUGAGUGUAUUGGCAUCAGAGCCAAAGGUGAAAGCUUUUCAUCAGUUCAAGCCAUGAGGAGGUCCUUUUCCAUGGAUUCAUCAGUGGAUAGAAAGUUUUAUGGGGCAAUUCAGCAGGUUUUACAGCAACAACAACAGCAUGAACAUGUUCAUGAGAUUAACACAGUUGAAGCCUGUGAUGGCAAUGACAGAGUGAAGAGAUCAUUCUUUUCUUUUGGACAUGGAAGCAGAUCAAGAAAUGCUGUACAACCUGUUGAUUUGGACCCCUGAAAUUUUUCUUCAGAUUAAUUGUUUUAGGUGUCUACUUUUUCAUUGAAGUUACUCUUGCUUCUUACAGCUUAAACUUGAUGAUUUUAUAUAUA